AUGGCUCCGGCCCCCGUGGAUUUCCACCGACAGACCCGGCCGGGCAAUUUCCAUGCCGGCUACCAAGAAAUCCAAGGAAUCAACUUGGGCUACUUACAAAUCGACGGCACCCAGAUGUUCGCCCUGGCCCAGGUGCUCAGCGACCUGUUCAAGGACAUCCCCAGGACCACCAUCAGCAAGAAGAUGGAAACCUUAAAGAUCAAGAGCCGCCGCUGCGACCUGGCCGAGCUGCGGACCCUCAAGGCCAUCAACUCGGUGCCCACGCGGGCCGUGAAAGCCGGCGGUUGUUGCGGCUCCCCCGGCCGGGCCCCGCCGCCCCCCGGCCCGCAGCAGCUCCAGCCGGCCCGGGGGGGGCUCUUUGCGGCCGUUCUGGCCGGUUCCCCCCGGCACCUGCCGCUGCUGCACCCCGCGGCCGCUCAGCCCUGCGCGCUCCCGGCCGGUGGCCACCGGCGGGGCCCGAGCUGGCCCAAGGGGCUCCCCCCGCCCGCAACGGGACCCGCGGCCGCCGGGAAGGGCCGGGCCCGCGGCUUCCCCGCCUCCAAGCGCCAGGGAACCUCCGCCGGCUACUCCAGCGACUCGGACUCCAGCCUGGACCUGAGCACGCGGUACCGGCAGGCGGCCCUGCCCCGCUUCCAGCCCCUCCGGGAGGCGCCGGGCGAGGAGCGGCCGGGGGAGCCCGAGCUCCUCUUCCUCUCGCAGCAGCUCUGGGCCCGCACCCUGCGAGCCACAACUUUGGAAAGUUUCAGCGCCGCCGCAGCGCCGGGCCCGGGGGCUCAGCCGGGGCUGUACGCGAAGCUCGAGGCCUCCCCUGCCUCCUCCUCCUCCUCCUCCUCCUCCUCCUCCUCCUCCUCGCCCCCUCCCUCCCCGAGCAGCACCCCCGGGGGGGCCCCGCCACAAAAGGAGCGCGGCUUUGGGGACGCCGGAGGGAAGGAUUUGCACAAAGAUGCCUCCAACAAUAGCUCCUCGUUCCAGCGGCCCAGCGGAGCCUCCCCGGGGCCGGCGCCUUCCUCAGAGGCGUCCCCGGAGCUGCGGGGGAGCCCCGGCCCCGCUGCCCCCGGGGAACCGCGGCCGGAGCACUUUGACCGCCUGAUCCGCCAGUCCAAGCUGUGGUGCUACGCCAAGGGUUUCAACCUGGACGGGAAAGGUUUGAGACACGGCAGGGACGGCCCGGAGCCCUGGAGGGGAGCGGAGCUGCGGUUCCAACCCCGCGGAGGAGCCCAGAGCCCCCCGGCGCUGCGGAGCCGCCGGGACGGCAACGCCAAACGCCGGCGCCUCUCCAGGGUCACCGAAAAGCAACGCGACUCCUCCAAAAACAGGCGGCCGAAAACUCCCAGGAGGAAUUCCAGGAAGGGAAACACUCCCUGCAAAAGCAGCCCGCCUCGGAAUUCCUUCAGCCUCAUGGGCAAUUUCCCCUGCACGCCCUCGCUGGUGGUGGGCGAGGACGGGGAUUUGUGCCCGGCUUCGUCGCUGGGAGGGAAAAACUCGUGGGCGCUGUCCAAGACUCACCCGCUGUGGCGAUGGCACCUGGGGGGCAGCGCCAUCCCCGUGCCCCCCAGCCUCAAAUUCCGCCUGGAGGGGCCCUGAGGAGCGCGGCAGAGACCGGGAAAAGUUCCAGGAUGGCGGCAGAGCGGGAGGAAAAACAUCCAUGGAAAUCCAAGGAAUCCAAGGAAAAAUGAGCCCUGAUUCCAAUAUAUUCCCUCUUUUGGAAAGCCA